UAAACCCUUCCACAAUUCUCGCGCCGCCUCCUGUGUGUCUCUCAAUAAUCUCCAUCAAUUCGCUCAGUCACACAGUCUCAAGAACCUCAGAACCGGACUUGCUUGAGAGCAAAAACCCUACUCAUGGAUGUCAAAGAGAAGAAGAAAGACACGGUUCCAAAGAUCGAAGACUUUACGGAGCUUCACAAUCUGGUCACGCAUCACAUAGAAUCGUUCGAUUACAUGACAGAGAAAGGACUCGCUGUUAUGUUCAGUCGAAUCAAACCCGUUACAGUUUACGAACCAUCCACUGAGAGGAAGCUGAGCAUCUGGUUAGAGGACCCUAGAGUUUACUCUCCUCAGAAGGAGAGUUUGAGGUCAACAUCAAGGAAAGAGGCUUUGUUUCCCUUUGAGUGUAGGCAGGCGAAGAUUUCUUACACGGGAUCGCUUAUGGCUGAAAUUUGCUUUAGAUAUGAUGAGGAUGAAUACGUCGUGAGAGAUAGAUAUGAGUUUGGGGAAUUUCCUAUUAUGCUGAUGUCAAAGCUCUGCCAUUUACGGGGUGCUGAUUGCCGGCAACUGUUAAAGUAUAAAGAGUCAACUUCUGAAAUGGGAGGGUACUUUAUUUUGAAUGGGAUCGAGAGGGUGUUCCGAUGUGUUAUUGCACCAAAGCGGAACCAUCCAACGGGUAUGGUGCGGAACUCAUUCUGUGGUCGCCGGGAAGGAUACAGUGAUAAGGCAGUUGCCAUUAGGUGUGUUAGGGACGACCAGUCAUCUGUCACUGUUAAACUGUAUUAUCUUCGAAAUGGAAGUGCUAGAGUUGGAUUUUGGAUAGGGGCAAGGGAAUAUUUGCUUCCUGUUGGCGUUGUUCUCAAGGCUCUCACUGAAACCAACGAUGAGGAAAUAUACGAAAACUUGACCUGUUGCUACAAUGAGCGUUACGGAAGAGGCGACGGAGCUAUUGGAACCCAACUCAUUCGUGAGAGAUCCAAAAUUAUUCUUGAUGAAGUGAGAGACUUGGGUCUUUUUACCCGAGAUCAGUGCCGGAAAUACUUAGGAGAGCGUUUUCAACCUGCUCUUGAUGGGCUAGAAAAAGAAAGCUAUCCUACUGUUGCUGAAGCCGUGCUCAAGAAUUAUAUAUUUGUUCACCUUGACAACGAUGACGACAAGUUCAAUUUGCUCAUCUUCCUAAUUCAGAAGCUCUUUUCUCUGGUGGAUCAGACUUCUUUACCGGACAAUCCGGAUUCUCUGCAAAAUCAGGAAAUUUUAGUCCCCGGUCACCUUAUAACAAUUUACCUCAAGGAAAAACUCGAAGAGUGGCUGCGGAAGUGCAAAAGUCUUAUUGAAGAUGAGUUCAACAGAAGCAAGAAAUUUUCCUUUGAGACAAUUGCUGAUGUCAAGAAGAUUAUUAACAAAAAUCCUCCCAGGAGUAUUGGUAUGUCAAUUGAAACAUUGUUGAAAUCAGGAAGGCUUAAUACGCAGUCUGGUUUGGAUUUACAGCAGAGAGCAGGUUACACUGUGCAGGCUGAGAGACUGAACUUUCUCCGUUUCCUCUCAUUUUUCCGGGCUGUUCAUCGUGGUGCUUCUUUUGCUGGACUUCGUACAACAACUGUGAGGAAGCUGCUUCCUGAAUCUUGGGGUUUUCUUUGCCCUGUUCACACUCCUGAUGGGGAACCCUGUGGAUUACUGAACCAUAUGACUCGUACUUGCCGAAUCACUUCUCAAUUCGAUUCCAACGGAAACAUCAGAGAUUUUCUGAAAAUAAGAAAGUCAGUUGUUGAUGUUCUUGUUGGGGUUGGAAUGGUACCUUCAUUGCCAAAACUUGUACGAGCUGGACCACCAAAAGUAAUUACUGUUCUUUUAGAUGGUCAAGUUGUGGGAUCACUAUCGUCUAACUUAGUUACGGAGGUUGUCGCUUAUUUGCGGAGACUGAAAGUGGAGGCUCCUUCAGUGAUUCCCGAAGACCUCGAAGUGGGAUAUGUACCUACAAGCAUGGGUGGAUCUUAUCCUGGAUUGUAUUUGGCAUCAUGUCCUUCAAGAUUCAUUAGGCCUGUUAAAAAUAAUUCUGUUCCCUCUGACAAUAUUGAGCUAGUUGGACCAUUUGAGCAGGUUUUUAUGGAAAUAAGCUGUCCUGAUGGUGGCAAUGGAGGAAGGAAUAACUCUUCUACAGCAACUCAUGAGGAAAUUCAUCCAACAGGAAUAAUAAGUGUAGUAGCUAAUCUUACACCUUGGUCAGAUCAUAAUCAAAGUCCACGUAACAUGUAUCAGUGUCAGAUGGCGAAACAAACCAUGGCGUACUCUACUCAAGCACUCCAAUUUCGUGCUGACCAGAAGAUUUACCACUUGCAGACUCCUCAAUCCCCCGUGGUGCGCACGAAAACAUACACCACGUACAGCAUUGAUGAGAAUCCAACAGGGACUAAUGCAAUAGUUGCUGUCCUGGCUCAUACUGGAUUUGAUAUGGAAGAUGCUAUGAUUUUGAACAAAUCAUCUGUGGAGCGGGGGAUGUGCCAUGGGCAAAUAUAUCAGACAGAAACUGUUGAUCUGUCAGAUCAGAGAAGCCGAUCGGAUAAUGGUAAUCAAAGUUUCAGGAGAAGUAAAGUUGACAAAUCAGCUCAUUCUUGUAUUGAUGCUGAUGGGUUGCCAUAUAUUGGACAGAAAAUAUAUCCAAAUGAGCCGUACUGUAGUAUCUAUGAUGGGGUAACUAACUCGAUAAAGACCAUGAAGCGAAAAGGCACCGACCCUGUCAUAGUUGACUUUGUCUCUGUUGACAUGAAAAGCAAGAAGCAUCCUCAAAAGGCGAAUAUCCGAUUUCGGCAUGCCAGAAAUCCCAUAAUCGGUGACAAAUUCAGCAGUAGACACGGGCAAAAGGGUGUUUGCUCGCAAUUGUGGCCUGAUAUUGAUAUGCCAUUUAACGGAGUUACUGGAAUGCGUCCAGAUCUCAUCAUUAACCCGCAUGCUUUCCCAUCAAGAAUGACAAUCGCUAUGCUUUUGGAAUCUAUUGCUGCCAAGGGAGGUAGUUUGCGUGGAGAGUUUGUAGAUGCAACGCCGUUUCGUGAUGCAGUAAAAAAACCAAACGGAGAAGAGGAGAGCAAAUCCAGUCUGCUUGUUGAUGAUCUUGGUUCCAUGUUGAAGGAAAAAGGAUUCAACUACUAUGGGACAGAGACAUUAUACAGUGGGUAUUUAGGAGUAGAGCUGAAGUGUGAGAUAUUUAUGGGGCCUGUUUACUACCAAAGACUACGUCACAUGGUCUCAGACAAAUUCCAGGUUAGAUCCACAGGACUAGUGGAUCAGCUAACUCGUCAGCCAAUCAAGGGAAGGAAACGAGGGGGAGGGAUUCGAUUUGGUGAAAUGGAAAGAGACGCAAUGCUUGCUCAUGGAGCUUCGUAUCUAUUACACGACAGGCUCCACACCUCAUCAGAUCACCACAUUGCAGAUGUGUGUUCGCUAUGUGGAAGCUUGCUCACAUCUUCGGUUGUGAACGUUCAACAGAAGAAGCUGAUUCAAGAUAUUGGAAAGUUACCUCCUGGCAGGACUCCAAAGAAGGUAACUUGCGAUUCGUGCAAGACAAGCAAAGGGAUGGAAACUGUUGCAAUGCCAUAUGUGUUCAGGUACUUAGCUGCAGAAUUGGCGGCAAUGAAUAUUAAGGUGACUCUUCAGUUAAGCGGCAGAGAAGGAAGCGAUAGAAAAGUAGUCUAAAUUCGCAGCGAUUUCACUGGGCACAUGCUGUAUGUACAUCAAAGUUUUCAUCUUCUCAAAGACUGGAACAAAAAACUGUCUGAAAAUUCUGACGGAUGAAGAUUUAACACCAGAGCAAGAUCGAGAAUCGGAUCUCACAAUGUAACAGAGUCGUUCAUUAGAAGAAUGCAUUGUUAUUAGUUAUUGUUUUCAAUGGUUAGUAUCUUUUUCUUGUGUGAAACGUUGUAUUUGUGAUACUUGAAGCGAUUGUCUUAAACAUUGAUGUAUGAUUAGUAUGGAUAAAAUAAAACCAAUGGAUUUUUGAUC